AGCAGCAAUGAAUUGAGCGAAACCGUGUGCACGAGUGUCACAGUUUGCUCAAAGACGAUUCGGCUAUUACCACAUGCGGACAUAAUAUGAGAAAGGUUAAAAAGUUCUUGAAGAAGAUCCGUGCAAGUUUCAUUGCAUCCGACCAAUUCACAGCCUACAUUUUCCGGAUUAAUUACACGGUCUUGUAGAUACGCACUUUCGUCUUUGAUUUCUUGCAGAAUGGCAGAAGUGUUGGAGAUAAUAACGGGAAGCGAGUAUGGUGAGAAGGUCGUUUUGGGGGUUGGCGUUGCCGAUAUCAGCACGGCAAUGCAGAAGUUCGGUUUGUGUGAUUACGCGGUUUUCGCGACGAUGCUCUCGAUUUGCAUCGUUAUUGGCAUCUACUUCGCUAUAAUAGGACGAAAAUGCAAUACUCAGGAAUAUUUGGUCGGAAGUCGAAAAAUGAAUGCGUUCCCAAUCUCGUUGUCACUAAUCGCAAGCUACAUAAGUGGAAUUUCAUUGCUCGGUAUACCAACGGAGAUUUAUGUGUAUGGGAUCCAAUACAUUUACAUCGGUUUCGCAAUUAUCAUAAUGGCAAUUAUUGCCCAAAAUAUAUAUCUGCCGGUGUUUCAUAAUCUGCAAAUAACUUCAACGUACGAGUAUUUGGAAAGGAGAUUCGAUAAACGAGUGCGAUUAUUUGGUUCGGUUUUAUUCAUAAUAGGAUUGAUCGUUUGGUUGCCUGUAGUCAUUUAUGUUCCCGCUUUAGCUUUUAAUCAAGUUACUGGCGUUAACGUACAUCUCAUAACACCUGCUGUUUGCAUUACAUGCAUAUUUUAUACAACUAUAGGAGGAUUGAAAGCUGUAGUUUGGACAGAUGUGGUUCAAACAUUGAUUAUGGUAGGUGCCAUGAUACUGGUAAUUGUCAAAGGUACAAUAGACGUUGGAGGAUUUGAAAAUGUUUGGAAGAGGAACUGGAACAGCGACAGGAUUGAAAUGCCCAAUUUCGAUUUGAAUCCACUUACAAGACACACGUUUUGGACGUUAGUUGUUGGAGGUUCCUUCUAUCUGAUCCAAUCAUGUAUAGUCAACCAAAACAUGCUUCAACGUUAUUUAGCUUUGACCAACAUUAAACAUGUGAACAGAUCUCUUUGGUUAUUUGUUUUCGGCCUCUUCGUCUUCAUUGGUUUAGGAGCUUACAGCGGAAUGGUUAUAUACGCAACAUUUUACAAAUGCGAUCCGCUGACUACAAAGUUGGCUAGAGAGAAAGAUCAACUUCUUCCGCUUCUUGUUAUGGAAGUACUCGGUGACUAUCCUGGAUUACCUGGCUUAUUUAUAGCAGGUAUUUUCAGCGCCGCUUUGAGUUCUCUAUCGACGGGUCUGAAUUCGAUGGCCGCAGUUAUUUUAGAAGAUUUUGGUGGAUACUGCAUGAAAUCACAUGGCGAAAUCGCCGAGAAGCAUAAGCAGAUCAUAAUGAGAAUGAGCGUCAUUACAUUUGGCGUGAUUUGCGUGAUCCUAGUUUUCAUAGUUGAAAGACUAGGACCCGUUUUGCAGAUGACUGCUAGUAUUAGCGCUAUAUCGGCAGGGCCGUGUCUGAGUUUAUUUACAAUGGGGAUGUUAUUGCCUUGGAUCAAUGGGAAGGCUGCCCUAACUGGAGGUAUUACAGGGUUAGGUUUAAUGGCCUGGAUCUGUUUAAGUGCUCAAGCUUCGAUAGCUUCUGGCGAUUUAUUGUUCGCAGAAAAACCAGUUACCACCGAGGGUUGCCAUUAUACUUUUACACCGAAAUUGUCGCCAGCUUUGAGUUUAAAACUGCACCCCACAACAAACAACAGCGAUGAUUUACACACAAAUGAGAUUUUCGUGUUAUAUCGAAUGUCCUACUUGUGGUACACGCUCAUGGGUUGCUUAAUUUCCAUCGUUGUUGCUCUGAUCGUAACAUUUUUAACCAAACCUUUGGAUCCGCACGAUUUGGAUAUGGAUCUGUUUGCGCCGUGCGUGAGGAAAUUAAUUAAACCUCGGAAAUACCCGAAUCAACCGUCUUCCGACGAAAUUAUUUUUGCGUAUGAAAAAGAAAACGACCAAUGCUCAAUUAGUACAGCGCAUAAUCAACUUCCUAAUACCAAUCAAGUAUAAAGUAAUUUGUGUUUUAGAAUAAAGGACUAAAAGACUGAUGUCAAUAACUCUUUAUUGCAU